GACGAAUUUGAGAACAAACUCCAGUUAAAACUAGUUCGUCAUUCAUAUCCAUUUUCAAAUUGUUCUCUCAAAAAAAAGUGAAUUUAUUCAACACAUUUCGCACUUCCAUUAUUGGAAACUGAAACUUUAAAUAAUUCUUUAAAUUCACCAAUGUAAAAAAAGAAACAUAUCAAUAUAUGCAGACAAAAAAGUAAAAGGUUCUAUCAGUUACUCUUCACUUUAUAUAUGUCGGUUAGUCAGUUCCUUUUAUUCAUCAUGGUAGACAAACUGACUUAGUCAGAAUUGUUCGCUGUGCUUAAAACAUUCACUUCGUGUUCAAAACGUAAGUGUAAAACAUUUUGUUGUAACUGUUAAUCUUGUUCAUUAGUCCAUAUUUAUUUAUUUACCUAUCAAUCACCUUGUUUCUAGUUGUCGAUUUAAUUGAAAAAGUUUGAAAUAUUAAAUCAAAAACUUUUUGCUUAUCAUGUCACCGAAAAUUGUGACCUGAAAAAAUAAUUUAAAUAUUAAAAUUGAUAACUUGAUUUUAUUAAGUCAUCUUUUUUGUACGUUAGUGUCAAUGAAUAAUAAUUUAGUAUAAGUGAGUCAAGAAACUACAUUGUUUAAGUAUAUAUAGUAAAUUUAGUGAAAUUGAGGUUGAACACACUGGCACUGGACAAAUUAAAUAAUGCCAAGUUUGAAAUAUCUAUGGGCACCUUCAGCAUUUGUUCUAAGCAACUCACUAGCAUUGAAUACAUCCAAUGCAAAUACAUUUAAUUCGUCAAGUUCUUCAUCAUCAUCAUCGUCUUCCUUUUCUUCUGAUAUUUCACACCAGCUCGUUACUUCAAUGAAUUCAAUAAACCCCAACGAUUUAGUUCAUUCAGUUACAAAUACAUUGAUACCAAUGCCAUCAUCAUCAUCAUCAUUAUUGCAAAACGUACAGGAUCUAAAUUCAGGUCAUAUUCAAACUGUGAACCAUAAUAAUAAUGUGAAUCGUAAUUUUAGUUUUCACCAAGUGGAUACCUACUCACACAACGAAACAGUGAACAAUAACUUUACACAUCCUCAUGAACAGCAUCAGCAACAGCAACACCGUAUAGAAGUCGACGAAUUUAAUUCACCAACUACGAAUAAAAAUCCCCACAAAUCCUCAUGGUCGUGUGUAGAUAAUAUCGAUAAUCAUUCUGUUCCUAUACCUUAUAAUAAUUAUGAUGAUGUCUCCAGGUGUCAGUGUGCUGUAGUCGCUGCAGCAGCAGCUGCAAGUUAUGCACGUUCUUGUCUAUACCAUGGUGUUGCUAUGGCUGCAGCAACGUACAAUAAUUUCGAUUCUCAAUCUUUUAAUUCUUGCAAUUCUGCAUCUCUCACUAAUUUGUGUACAAGAGCUACUUCGUCCCCUACUUCUGAUUCCUUGGUUACGUCGAUUACUUCAACUGCUAUGUCGAAUAUGAAUUCGUUAUACCAAAGAUCAUUUUGUACACCGUCGUCUUCACCGUCAUCAUCAUCGUCUUCAUUGUUAUCAUAUUCUUCUAUUCAAAAUCAGCGUGAAUAUCAUCCGUUAUAUUUCCCUUCAACACAACAAGCUAGUUCAAUGUUUUUGCCUACUACAUGUCAAUCAUCUUUAUUCGGUGUCACCUCGUUGAAUUCUUAUCCGCAUACAAAUUAUAAUCAAAAUCAUAUUCCUAAUUCAAAUUCAAAUGCUGUUCUAGCUGCCGCAGCUGCACAUAAACAUGUGCAGUACUUUCAAGGUAUUUACUCUCGAGCCAAAUCAAGUAAAGCUAAAGGACAUGGCGGAAUAAAUCAACUUGGUGGUGUGUUUGUCAAUGGACGUCCACUACCUAAUCAGGUUAGACAACAGAUAGUUCAACUAGCUAAUCAAAACGUACGACCUUGUGAUAUUAGUCGACAACUCAGAGUCUCUCAUGGAUGUGUCAGUAAGAUUCUUGGACGGUAUUAUGAAACGGGAAGUAUACGGCCAGGUGUAAUUGGUGGGUCUAAGCCUAAAGUGGCUACUGCUUCUGUAGUUGAAGCUAUCUGUAAGUACAAAGAAGACAAUCCAGUCAUGUUUGCUUGGGAGAUACGUGAUCGGCUUUUAAAAGACCAGAUAUGUACGGUAGAAAAUGUUCCAUCUGUAUCAUCAAUUAAUCGUAUUGUCCGAAAUAAGGAUAGUCAAAAUACUGUGGUUACUGACAAUACGCUCUCUCGAAAACGUAAUCAUCGUCAUCUCCAUAGUAAUUCACCUGCAAGUAAAACUCAUUUAAGCCAAGACUCUACAUUUCGUGAUUCGCCUGUUACACCUUCAAGUUUCCAAACUGACUCUUCACCUAAAUCUAUAAAACUAUCAGAAACUGAACAAGAAAAAUACCUAAAUCAUCAUGUUCCGAAAGCAUUAUCAACAGAAGGAGGGGUGCCUCCUCCCACAACGGCAACCAUGAAAACUACGAUAUCAGCAAUGGUAACGACAAAAACAACCAAAUUCAACACAACAAAACAAUCAUCUAAAGGCUUCUUGUCUAUAGAGAAAAGAAAUUCAAAUCUCCGAAAUCCUAGUACAGAGUGUCUUCGUGAUUCCUCUGCAUUGUUAAAUUAUUCAGUUACAGGUAGAAGAUUUGAUAAUAACACUAACAGCAACUACACAGAAUUUCCCUAUCCAUUUCAUAAUAAUGAUAAUAUUAACAACAGUGCUGUAAAUUCUUCACACUAUAAUCAGUUUAUAUCAAAUUUUAAUGAGAAUUAUGAUGAAACUAGUGGACAUUUAAAUCAGACAGCAGAUUCAAAUCUUCCGUCAGCUGAUAACUGCGAGCUUUUCAAAAAUCAUUCAAGUAAUUUAAAUGUGAAACUUACUCAAGACAAGCAAAGUGAAUGUGGGAACGAAAGAAACAACAAAAAUUAUUCGUCUAACAUCGCGGCUACUACAUCCGGUCAAAGUGGUAUUUUGCAACAGAAAAAUUCGAAUAAACUCUCAAACGAUGUACCAUACAAAUUGGAUUCGUAUUAUUCCCAUGAAAGAAAACCUCCACAAAACUGUCAAACAAUCGAUGAGUACUUUCAACGCUCAGUGUGUAGUCGAUUCCCACCAGGGGAUAGUACAGAUUUGUCUAGAAAUCCACAAAUGUAUCCCUUAUCUGUUCUUCCCGGUAGUUCCAAUGAUGUCUAUGAAAAUAUUAAUGCGAAUCACUUAUUACAAAAAUCCACCAAUAAUUUGUCUUUAUCUGGCAUAAAUGCAUUUAAUGAUUUCACAUAUUUCAAUAGUAGCAAUAACACAUUGUCAACUACUGACUAUAGCAUUACUGGCUUAUUAGGUUUAACGAUGGCGGCAUCAAAUGGUUUUAAUUCGUUAUAUGCGAAUGGAUAUUCAUUGGGCGGAAAACACAAAAAUAUGAACUUAUUAAUUAAUGAUACAAUUGAAAAUUUUCCUUUGCAACAGCCACAACCCGAAGAGCAGACAAGUUUUGCUUCUUACUUCCAACAUCCUCAGAAUCACCAUAACGAUUCUCAGGAGGUAGAACAGCUCAUCGAACACGUUGAACAACAUCAACAACAACGGCGACUGCACGAUAAUCACAAUUUCACAUCGUAUAAAUCAAAUCAUAAUCUUAGUACACAUAAUGACAGAAAUGAACAAACUGAUUUUUCACAGGAUCCAACACUUAGACCAAUUUUACUGAAACAUUAUGACUUUCUACUGAACAGUACAUCACACACAUCGCCAAAGUUAGAUGAUAUCAGUAGGUUUUUGGAGAACUCAUCAUCUUCUUUGGCAACGACAUCAACAGUAGCAACCAGAACAACUAUACAACCUACAGCAUCUCCAAGUAGAUUGUCACAACUACCGGUGUUCACACCAUCAAAAUUACCAUCGAGUACACCAGCAAAUAAAAAUAAAUUAAUAGAAAGGGAAAAUGUGAACGUUCAUCGAAAAUGUAAAUUAGGACAUUCUGGAGUUAAAUGUACAGAUGUUUUGAAGGUGACUACAAACGGCUCCUUUAUGUCUACAGCAGAUCAUAGCUCAUCUAUGAUGGGCGAUUCAAAUGAACAAAUUGACAAGUUUAUUAGAAACGAAAACAAAAGUGAGGCAAAUAAUUCUUCGUUGUCGAUGUCAACAUCUUCUUCACUAUUGACAUUUAACAAUAAUGAAUCGGAACUGCCUUUUAUGUUAGAAUCAAGUAUUCCGAAUAAAAAUCUACAUGGAUCAUCUAACCAAUCAUCUGCAGCCAGUAACUCAUCACAUUUCAUAGACCCGGCAUUGCAGACAAAAUCGAUGUCGAUUACUAGCCACACUCCUGAUCAGGAAAGAUUGCAUCAGUUUACGGGAGCUGAGUUAAUGGUAAGAGCUGCAUUCAAUCACACAAAUACAACAAUAUACCAUCAACAUAUUGAACAAGAUUGUUUACAUCACAGUGAUUCCGGUUUUACUAGAAGUCACAAUAAAGAUACUUUCAGAUUAGGAAAUGACCUGUCCAGAACUGAUAUGUCUUAUUUUCUCCCUUCUUCCACAUCUUCUCCAUUUUCUGCUCCACCUCAGUUAACAUCUAGUCUGUCAGAAGUUAACACUGAUAUGGUAAAAUUUCCAUUUUAUUUAAUGGCGGAUAAAUCAAACAACGAAAACUAUGUACAAACAUAUACCAAUCUAGAUAUAAAUGAGACGGAUUAUAUUACAACAGAAUUAUUUUCCAGAUCACUAACAGAGAGACUGAAUAUGAGUCGUAAUGAAGCACAUGAUGAUGGAGAUUCCACAAACCAUGUUCCAACGAAUUAUUGUGGUGAUACUCCUGAAUUUCCAUCACAGUAUUCAUUAAUCUGAAUUUACUACUCAUAACGGACCAAUUUAUUAGCCCAGUAAACUGUCUGAAGUUUGAUAUAUAUAUAUAUAUAUAUUCAUAUAGGAUAUUAAAUAUUUCAAAAAUCUGAUUAAAUGUCAACUGCUGCACGACCAGUCGCCUGGCAUUUUUGUGGCCGCUUUUAUUAAAUUACACAAGAGGAAAUAUACUACUGUUAAUUUAAUAGUAGCUAAAACAUUUUAAAAUAUUCAGCUGUUGGAACUGGUUUUCCACUAAUCAUUUUCCAAAGAUAAACAAAAAAUUAAUGAUGAUACAGAUCUGUUUCUUUCUCGUUACUUAUUCUGCCACCACUUUAAAAGUAUUUUAUCCUUUAUGUGAAUCAGUUUUCAUCUUGAUUCUGUUACUGAAUGUAUAAAUGGAAA